UAUUUUAUUUUAGGUAAGCGGAAGAGCCAUGCCAGCAGUUAGAGGAGAUGGCAUGCGUGGCUUAGCCGUGUUUAUUUCAGAUAUAAGAAACUGUAAAAGUAAGGAGGCAGAAAUAAAAAGAAUAAACAAAGAGCUGGCCAACAUAAGAAGCAAAUUCAAGGGAGACAAAACUCUAGAUGGUUACCAAAAGAAAAAAUAUGUUUGUAAAUUAUUGUUUAUAUUCCUGCUGGGGCAUGAUAUUGAUUUUGGACAUAUGGAAGCAGUGAACCUUCUUUCCUCCAAUAAAUACUCAGAGAAACAAAUAGGAUAUUUGUUCAUAUCAGUUCUAGUCAAUACUAACAGUGAGCUUAUAAAGCUCAUCAUCCAAAGUAUCAAAAAUGAUCUGGCAUCAAGAAAUCCAAUUCAUGUCAAUCUGGCAUUGCAGUGUAUUGCCAAUAUUGGUAGCAGAGAAAUGGCAGAAGCUUUUGGAAAUGAGAUUCCCAAAUUGCUGGUUUCAGGUGACACCAUGGAUGUGGUGAAACAAAGUGCAGCAUUAUGUUUACUUCGCUUAUUCAGAACAUCUCAAGAGAUUAUACCAGGUGGUGAAUGGACUUCCAGAAUCAUCCAUCUGCUCAAUGAUCAACACAUGGGGGUUGUUACUGCAGCUACCAGUUUAAUUGAUGCUCUUGUGAAGAAGAAUCCUGAAGAGUAUAAGAGUUGUGUCUCCCUUGCUGUUUCUAGACUGAGUAGGAUUGUUACUGCAAGUUACACAGAUCUUCAAGACUACACUUAUUAUUUCGUCCCAGCCCCAUGGCUCUCUGUCAAAUUGUUACGUUUAUUACAAAAUUAUACACCUCCAGCUGAAGAUCCUGGUGUUCGAGGUAGACUGAAUGAAUGCCUUGAAACAAUUCUCAACAAAGCACAAGAGCCCCCAAAAUCUAAGAAAGUCCAGCAUUCUAAUGCUAAAAAUGCAGUUUUGUUUGAGGCCAUAAGCCUUAUAAUUCACAACGAUAGUGAGGCUAAUCUUUUAGUGAGGGCUUGCAAUCAAUUGGGUCAGUUUCUCAGCAACAGAGAAACAAAUUUGAGAUACCUUGCCCUUGAAUCAAUGUGUCACUUAGCUACAUCAGAAUUUUCCCAUGAAGCAGUCAAAAAGCACCAAGAAGUCGUUAUUCUUUCCAUGAAAAUGGAAAAGGAUGUGUCUGUGCGGCAGCAAGCUGUUGAUUUGUUGUAUGCCAUGUGUGAUAAGAGUAAUGCAGAGGAGAUUGUACAGGAAAUGUUGAAUUAUCUUGAGACUGCUGACUAUUCCAUUCGCGAAGAAAUGGUUCUGAAAGUGGCAAUCCUCGCCGAAAAAUAUGCUACCGACUAUACUUGGUAUGUCGAUGUGAUUCUGAAUUUGAUUAGAAUAGCUGGAGAUUAUGUUUCUGAAGAAGUUUGGUACCGUGUUAUACAGAUUGUUAUAAAUAGAGAUGAGGUACAGGGUUAUGCUGCAAAAACUGUGUUCGAAGCUUUACAAGCACCUGCAUGCCAUGAGAACAUGGUGAAAGUUGGUGGGUAUAUUCUUGGAGAAUUCGGCAAUCUAAUAGCUGGCGAUCAACGUUCCUCUCCAGCCGUGCAAUUCCAGCUCCUCCAUUCCAAAUAUCACCUUUGCUCUCCCAUGACAAGGGCACUGCUCCUCUCCACAUACAUAAAAUUCGUCAAUCUCUUCCCUGAAAUCCGUACUCAAGUCCAAGAAGUCUUCAAACAGCACAGCAAUUUGCGAUCUGCUGAUGCAGAACUCCAACAAAGGGCCUCGGAAUAUUUACAGCUGUCUAUCAUAGCGAGUUCUGACGUACUAGCUACUGUUCUCGAGGAAAUGCCGGCUUUUCCGGAAAGAGAGAGCUCAAUUCUGGCCGUUCUCAAGAAGAAGAAACCUGGGAGGGUACCAGAGAAUGAGAUCAAAGAAAAUAAAAGUCCUACCCCUGUUACUAACCAUACUAACGAGGUUAACAAUAUAAGUUCUUCAUCAGCUGACCUUUUGGGAUUGUCUACCCCUCCAACUUCCCAACCAAAUUCUGGUAAUACAGGAGUUCUCCUUGAUGUUUUGGGGGACAUUUACAGUAGUAAACCAUUGAAUAACAAUACGAAUGCUUCUUCGAAUAAAAACUGGUUUGUGGAUCCGAAAAAGUUUGUCUGUAAAAACAACGGCGUUCUAUUUGAGAAUGACUUGAUUCAAAUUGGAGUGAAGAGUGAGUUCAGGCAGAAUCUGGGACGGCUUGGAUUGUUUUAUGGGAACAAAACUAGCACACCUUUGACAAAUUUCGUCCCGACUUUGUUGUGGCCAGAAGACAAUGCAGCCAAAUUGAAUAUGCAGAUGAAAUCAGUUGAGCCUGUUCUGGAAGCAGGCGCUCAAAUUCAGCAGAUGAUAAACGCUGAAUGUAUCGAUGACUAUACUGAUGCACCCAGUAUAGUUGUGAGCUUUGUAUGUAACAAGGUUCCGCACAAGAUAAAUAUCAAGCUUCCUCUCACCAUAAACAAGUUUUUCGAGCCAACAGAAAUGAACGGCGAUUCAUUUUUCGCGAGGUGGAAAAAUCUUGGAAACACAAACCAACAACGAUCUCAGAAGAUUUUCAAAGCAAUUGCUCCUAUGGAUCUACAAGCAGCCAGAGCGAAAAUUAUGGGAUUCGGAAUGGCGCUUUUAGAUGGCAUUGAUCCAAAUCCCGAUAAUUUUGUUUGCGCUGGCAUAAUCCACAUGAGAUCGCAACAAGUCGGGUGUCUUCUCCGUUUAGAACCGAACAAAAAUGCUCAGAUGUACAGAUUAACUGUGCGAUCAAGUAAAGAGACUGUUUCCGUUGAACUGUGUGAUCUCCUAGCUGAUCAGUUCUAA